AUGUUUUUUUUGACUUAAAUAACAGUAGAAAAUUUUUUAUAAGAAGAUAUAGAAGAUGAUUUAGAUGAUUGGUAUGAUGCUAAUGUAAAAUGCCUGAUUAAUUAACAUUAUUAAUUAGAGAAAAUCUUACUGAAUUAUAAAGAAGAACUUUUGUGGCAUUGUCAUUUGAGAGAUGCUGUAGAUAACAUGAGAAAUGAAUCUGUUGAAGGUAUAAUGGAUUUCAAAUGGUAAUAAUAAUUGAGUUUUUAUCAUGAUGAGGAAAACUGUACUUGUAAAAUAAGUGAAUGUUUGACUAUUAAUUUCUGGGAUCUACUACAAGAUUAGUUAUUACUCCUUUGA